ACUUAGCAAUUCAUACACUCAAACUCUGCUCUGUUGCUGUGGUAACCCAGUGCAACCCAGAAUGUCCAGCAGCAUGCGGGGAUGCGCUAACUCAAGACAUGGACCAAGCACCCAUGGAUCACAUUACACCACCAACACACAUACAAAUCUUUGAACUGAGAAUUAAGCUUGUUCUCUAAAAUGCAGACCAAAUGAAAUUGCCCUCUGUCCCUGUUUACUGGGGUUGCCUCAUUCCAUUCAAACCCGCCAGCAGAAAUCUCUUCCUAGAAUCACCUGACUGGAAGGGCAAAGGCAAGUGGGUUGCUCCUCUUCAGCUCCUGGGCAUCUCCUUCUGUUUUAUUUCUGCCAUCUGAACCGCCGGCCCUACUUGGUCCCCUUCUUUCCGUUCCCCUUAGCCAAGCUCGCUGCUGAUGUUGAUCCUGGCUUUUGGAUGAGUCAAAAGACUUCCUGUGUAAUGUAAUACCUGCGAUAAAAGUUUGUGACCACCUAACAGACAUGCUUUUGUCUCUCUCUUGGCUCCAGCUUCGUCUCAGGAAAGCUGGCCUCUCUUAUAUCUCCGCUGCCUUUAUCUCUCUCCUUUUCCCUGCCAGCCACUCCCUGGCUUUGGCGUUUUUAAUCUACGUGCAGCAUACGUUUACACAAUAUACUGAAGCUGUUUGCCCCCCUGGAGGCUGGCCAGAGAUAUUCAGGUGGCUGUGGGCCAGGGAAUACAAAACACCAAACUUCUUUCACAGGCUCCUUUUCCAAAGAGCUUGGAACUGUGCCCGAUGAGAGAGUUAAGGUGGAAUUGUUCUCUUUGCCCAGUGGCUUUUAAGCAGAGGGAAUAAACUUUGCUUGUGCUGGCUAUGGACCCUACAGACAUUUCACAUAGAAGCUAAUACUCCUCAGGAAGGCAAGUGGGUGGACCUGCAACCCUACAAGUAUUGUUGGAAGGCUGCAGGAUCCCUCUCUCUGAUGUUGUUGUUGUUUAGUCGUUUAGUCGUGUCCGACUCUUCGUGACCCCAUGGACCAUAGCACGCCAGGCACUCCUGUCUUUCACUGCCUCCCGCAGUUUGGUCAAACUCAUGUUGGUAGCUUCUCUCGAAGCUCUCUGAUGUAAGGCACCCCAAAGUUUGAGCCAGGAGUUAACCCAGAAUUGUGCUUGCUCAGGACCAUCUUUUUAGGCUGUGAAGGAAAUCUGGGUGUUCAGCCUCAGGCUCUGCCCUGGGUAAGCAGCAUGUCCAGCCCAAGUACAAGUAGGAAGAGCCUGGUCAUGCUGCGUUGGCCAAGCUAGUCCCCUUGCCGAACUGCAAGGAAGCCUAAUUUCCCUUGUUUUGCUCUCAGUCUCCAAUUCCUUCCUCUUCAUAUAUUGCCUUUUGAAUUUUAGAUUGUAAGUGUCUUGGGGCAGCUCCGAACCCUGCAGCUAUCUUUUCAUGCAAACAGCUUCCCAUGACAAAAGGGACAGCUGACAUUAAAAAACAAACAAACAAAAAACAACCCUGCUACUUUUUAUAUGCAAGUACCCCUCAAGGUCUGGGGAAUUUUUUUAAUAAUUUAUUUUAAAUAAAGAAGAGCCCAUUAGAGCCAAAAAUGUAACCUCUGCAUUGCUUACGAGGGUGAGCUUCUGUGUGCUUCGCUUGCCCCCACCCUCUAGGACUCCCCAGCGCUUCUGCCACCUCUGAUUUUCCUUCCCUUUUAAUCGAUGUAAACAGCUAGAAGAUCGUUGCUGGGGAGGUGAUGGCGUGUUGCAGUUCUGACCUUUCUAAAGUGCUGUUUGCAGUCGCUGAGCGCCUCUCCCACUGGUGUGUGUCAGUUCUUUACCUUCUGCCGGCUGCGCUGCAGAAAUUCUGCAGCCUCGCUUGCUUGCUUGCUAUGUCUCCAGGGACCACGACAUGUGCUUCCUCUGAUACAUGGCCUGAAUUAACCUUCUCGCAAACGGUUUCUAAGUAACGGCAGUGGCACGUAGCGAGGACUGGCUGCGAAGCACACCAAGGCUCACACGAGCCUUUUGAAGCGGAGUGGGAUCCGCAGAGUUUCCCCUCCCUCACACAAGGUGGGGUGGGGUGCAGAAGAAACCAGGCAAUGCGGAAGAAGUUGAUCUUAUACUUCAAGAGGAGAAAUCAUGCUCGCAAGCAGUGGGAACAGAAAUUUUGCCAGCGCUAUGACCAGCUUAUGGAAGCCUGGGAAAAGAAAGUGGAGCGCAUAGAAAACAACCCCCGGCGCCGAGCAAAGGAAAGCAAAGUACGUGAAUAUUAUGAGAAGCAGUUCCCAGAGAUCAGGAAACAGAGGGAACUCCAAGAGCGCAUGCAGAGCAGAGUAGGACAGAGGGGCAGUGGCCUCUCCAUGUCUGCGGCACGCAGCGAACACGAGGUGUCAGAAAUUAUUGAUGGGCUCUCGGAACAAGAGAAUCUGGAGAAACAGAUGCGACAGCUUGCCGUCAUCCCUCCCAUGCUGUAUGAUGCUGAGCAGCAACGCAUCAAGUUCAUUAACAUGAAUGGCCUCAUGGAUGACCCCAUGAAGGUGUACAAAGAUCGGCAGGUGAUGAACAUGUGGAGCGAGCAGGAGAAAGAAACAUUCCGAGAAAAGUUCAUGCAGCAUCCAAAGAAUUUUGGCCUCAUCGCUUCCUUUCUGGAACGGAAAACGGUGGCUGACUGCGUCCUCUACUAUUACCUGACCAAGAAGAAUGAGAACUAUAAGAACCUGGUUAGAAGGAACUACCGGAGGCGUGGAAAGAACCAGCAGCAACAGCAGCAGCAACAGCAACAACAGAUGCCCCGUAGCAGCCAAGACGAGAAAGAUGAAAAAGAAAAGGAGAAAGACACAGAGAAGGAGGAAGAGAAGCCAGAAGCAGAAAACGACAAAGAGGAACUGACAAAGGAGAAGAACGAGGAUACGUCUGGUGAGGACAAUGACGAGAAAGAAGCCGUUGCUUCGAAAGGGCGCAAAACCGCCAACAGCCAGGGCCGGCGCAAGGGCCGCAUCACCCGCUCCAUGGCCAGCGAAGCCAACAGCGAGGAAGUGGUUGCUCCCCAGCAGAAUGCAGAACUGGCCUCUCUGGAGAUGAAUGAAAGUUCUCGUUGGACAGAGGAGGAGAUGGAAACGGCUAAAAAAGGUCUCCUUGAACAUGGGCGUAACUGGUCAGCCAUUUCCAGGAUGGUGGGAUCCAAGAGUGUCUCCCAGUGUAAAAAUUUCUACUUCAACUACAAGAAGAGACAGAACCUGGAUGAGAUCCUGCAGCAGCACAAACUGAAAAUGGAGAAAGAAAGGAAUGCAAGGAGAAAGAAGAAAAAAGCCCCCACUGUCCAAAACGAGGAAACGGCCUUCCCUCCAGCAGCCGAAGACGAGGAGAUGGGGCAAGAUGGGUCAGGCACCAGUGGCAAUGAAGAGGAGAUGGCUGAAGAUGCAGAAGUUGCAGUAAAUAAUAGCUCAGACACAGAGAGCCUCCCUUCUCCAAGACCAGAAGCCAAAGAGAGCACAGAGAAUGGACCCAAACCAGCCCCAGACACCAGAAGCAAUGCUGGAGAAGAACCGGCUGUUAAGAUGGAGGAAACCGCUAGUUCCCCAGAAGCAAACCCUGCCACCAUCCAAGUAAUGGAGGAGGAGGCCCCCGAAGCAACUUCCACUGAAGAGAAGCCACAAGAGGAGCAAACAGUUGAUGUGGUGAAAACGGAAGAGGCAGAGGAAAAGCCCAAGAGCCCAGAACCCAGCAGGGGUGAAAUAAAAAUGGAGGCGGGAGAGGUCUACCAGGAUAAGGACAGUGACCAGAUAACAGAAAACAGCAACAGCAGUGGCAGCAACAGCACCAGUGUUGUGACAGGGGCUGAGGGAGCACCCAAAGCAGAAAAGAAGGAGAACCACAAAGCUGGGAAGGGUGCAAAUCCUGACAGCGACUCCAGUGCCACGUGCAGUGCCGAUGAGAUGGACGAGCAGGAUGCUGGUGACAAAAACAAGCUGAUCUCUUCCCGGCCCAGCCUCCUCAACGCAACCAAUGACACCCGGCUCAGUUCCUCGCCUCAGAAGCCGCUGGACUUGAAACAGCUGAAGCAAAGAGCUGCUGCCAUCCCGCCCAUUAUUUCAGAAGGUUUACAGGAGGGAGUGCUGCAGAGCGGAAGCCUGAAGUCUCAGGUGCCUCAUCACGCUUUGGCCCUUUACCAGCAGCAAAUCACCAUGGUCCACGAAUCUGCCCACGAGGACUCUGCACAGAGUAAGCAGCUGCAGCAAGCUGAAAAGGAUCCCCCGCUGAGCAGCAGUCCCAGGGCCCAGAGCAGGAGCCCAGCUGUUGUUGAUAAAGAAGAGAAACCAGUGCAUUUCACCUCCCUCUCCGAGGGGCCAAAGCUGGUUGGAGAGCCCUCCGUCACGACCGGCUGGCCUCCGGUGCUUCCCUACCAAGUUUCAAGGGAUCUGAUCCGAACCUCUCCACACACUGAGCCUCACAUGUUUCAGUAUAAUCCUCCAGGUCACUCAAUCUCCUUAAAUAUGCAUGAAGGUUCUCGGCCGGGCUUCCAGAGAUUGUCCGCCAUCUCCAACCCUCCCCCUCUCAUCUCUACCAAGCAUCCUUCUGUUCUUGAAAGGCCCCUUGGCUCUAUUUCCCAGGGGGUGCCUAUCCAGCUCCACACUCCAUUCAGCUCUGAGCAUGCAAAAGUCCCCAUUGGCUCCAUCGGCAUGGGCCUUCCUCUGACUGUGGACCCCAAGAAGCUGGUGCCUUUCCCUGGAGUGAAGCAGGAGCAGCUCUCUCCUCGGAGCCAGGCGGGCCAACCAGAAAGCUUGGUCGUGCAGACAUCGCAGGAGAACUCCGUCCUUCGGGGGACGUCCCUGGGCUCGUUGUCGGGAGGCAGCAUCACGAAAGGCACCCCAAGCCCACGGCCACCAUCGGACUCUCCCAUCACGUAUCGAGGAUCCAUCACACACGGUACCCCAGCCGAAGUGCUGUACAAAGGAACCAUUACCAGGAUAAUCGGAGAAGACAGCCCCAGCAGAGCGGAGAAAGUGAGAGAGGACGCCUUGCCCAAAGGACACGUCAUUUACGAGGGGAAGAAGGGACAUGUCCUGACCUACGAUGGUGGUGCUGUUGCACAGUGUCCCAAAGAGAACAGCAGAAAUUCUGGAGCCCCACACGAGGCCAUGGGCAUCAAACGGACCUAUGACAUGAUGGAAGGGAGAGGAUCCCGGGGUUUAUCUGGGCGUGAGCUUCCAUCCGCUAGCAUCGAAGGUCUAAUGGGACGAGCCAUCCCACCCGACCGCCACAGUCCCCUCAAUUUGAAAGAACCGCAUCACAUCCGGGGCUCUAUCACGCAAGGAAUACCUCGAUCUUACGUGGAAGCCUCCGAGGACUACCUCAGAAGAGAAGCUAAGCAGCUCAAGAGGGAAAGCACACCUCCGAGGGACUUAUCCGAGGCCUACAAGGUCAGGCCUCAUGAGAGCUUUACCCCGUUGAAAAUGAAAGCAGUUCAUGAAGGCCUUGUUGCCACUGUGAAGGAAGCAGGAAGGUCAAUCCAUGAGAUUCCCAGGGAGGAGCUGAGGCGCACGCCUGACAUCUCUCUGAUGACGAGGCCUGUGAAGGAGGGCUCUAUUACCCAGGGUACCCCGCUGAAAUAUGACAGCAACGCUUCAGCAAGUGCCAAAAAGCAUGAUGUCCGUUCCAUUAUUGGAAGCCCGGGGAGGACUUUUCAUCCCCUGCAUUCCCUGGAUGUCAUGCAGGACCCAAGGACUCUGGAAAGAGCUUAUGGGGAGAGCUUAAAAAGUGCUUACGAGGAGAGUUUGAAAAGCAGGCCCAGCCCAGUGACAAACUCUGGUGGCUCAAUCACGAGAGGAGCCCCUGUGAUCGUGCCUGAGGCAGGGAAACCUCGCCACAGCCCUCUUGCCUAUGAGGACCACCAAGCAGCCCAUGGGACGGCUUUCAGCAGCCACUUGCACCGAGGGUCCCCAGUCUCCACGAGGGAGCCAAGCACCAGGCAGCAUGAAGGGAGCAUCGCUGCUGGAAAGCCUGUAUCCCAGGACAGAAAGAUCACCCCGACACCAAGAGAAAUGGCCAGCUCCAAGUCUCCUCAUGCUACCCUUGCAGACCACCACCCCCCCAUCUCUCCAUAUGAGCACCUGCUCCGGGGAGUGAGUGGUGUGGACUUGUACAGGGGACACAUUCCAUUGGCCUUUGACCCAGCAGCUAUUCCCAGAGGAAUCCCCCUGGAAGCAGCAGCCGCUUAUUACUUGCCAAGGCACCUCGCUCCUAGCCCUACAUACCCCCAUCUCUACCCACCAUACCUAAUCCGCGGUUACCCAGAUACAGCUGCCAUGGAGAACAGGCAGACCAUCAUCAACGACUACAUCACCUCCCAGCAGAUGCACCACAAUGCUGCGGCUGCCACUGCAAUGGCCCAGAGGGCAGACCUGCUACGUGGCCUGUCUCCGCGAGAGCCCUCGCUAGCCCUCAAUUAUGCAGCAGCAGGAAUAAUUGACCUGUCUCAAGUGCCACAUUUGCCUGUGCUUGUGCCCCCCACCCCGGGCACUUCUGCCGCCUCCAUUGACCGGAUCACAUACAUCCACAGUGCCCCCCAGGCUUUCACUAGCCGACAUAGCAGCUCUCCACUCUCCCCAGGAGGCCACACACACCUGACCAAGCAGACAGGACCUUCAGUUUCUGAACGGGAGCAAGAACGAGACCGUGAACGGGAGCGUGAGAAGGAACGCAAGAAGUCGGUCUUAGCAGCCACAACCACUGUUGAGCAUGCCCCCAUCUGGAGACCAGGCACAGACCAAAGCAGCAGUCGGCCGUCAGCACACUCUCACAAUCACAAGCACUCCCCUGUCUCACCCCGCACCCAGGAGAACAUCCAGCAACGCCCCAGCGUGUUGCAUAACACAAACAUGAAGAUGAUCCCUUCGGAGAACCUUGCCCCCUCAGUUCUGCGAUCCACCUCCUCUUCUGCCACCACCACAUCACCAGUUUGCUCCUCGGGAUAUUCCUCGGUAUCAUCACUGCGCAGCUCCGUAGGUGGGUUGGACAGCUAUACCUCUAUGAUGGAUCCUGCCCACAUGCAGAAGGAGGCCUCCAGAGCCCAAGAUGUCAAAGCGGAGCGCCCUCAAGCAGACAGCAACCUGUUCUCCUCCAAGCUGCCUGCUGGGGGCGGCUUGGAACAGUCGCCUUCACCUGUUAAAGCCAUGGAGCCCAGGCCUUUGUCCUCCUCUGGGCCAGGUCCAACCCACCUGUAUAGCAGAGGACAGGGGAAAAGCCACCCUCAGCACCACCCACCCCUGGACCAGUCGCUGCACGCAGUUUCGGCCAGUGAUCAGCCCAGUAGAGAAAAGAGUAAAACCUUUUCAGUACAGGAACAGGAGCUCCGAGCACUCGGUAAGACCACCAUGACAGCGGCCAGCUUCAUAGAUGUGAUUAUCAUGCGUCAAAUUUCUUGCGAUAAGGGGAAGCGAGAGAGAAGCUCGCUAAGUAACGACGCCAAUAGCGAUGGUUUCCAUGGAAGCUACAGCCCUGAUGGCAUCGAAGCAAUAAGUCCUGUGAGCUCACCCAGCACGCUCCAUGAGAAAGGGGCAAAGCCAUCCCAGGAUGCUGAGAAAGGGCGCGGGGCGGAGCAUGAGCCGCGGCUGAAGCAGCCAGGUUCUCUUAAACCUUCCGCAGCAGAAAUCUCACAAAUACAGCAGCUCCACCAGCUCCCUGAAGAUCGGCAGUCUCCAAGCCAGCCAUUCCAAGGGUCGCAGAGCGCCAAAGGCCACCAGCGGGUCGUCACGUUGGCUCAGCAUAUCAAUGAGGUUAUCACCCAAGACUAUACGCGCCAUCAUCCCCAGCAGCUUAACUCCCACAUCCAGACCCCUAUGUACCCUUUCCCAGGGUCUGUGCUGGAUCUUCGGCGAACUCCUAGUGAGGCUUACAUGCAGCAGCAGCAGCAGCAGCAGCAGCAAAUGGAGCACAUUACAGCUUCAAGAAUCUCCCCCGAAAGUGAAGAAAGCAAGAGGUCUCCCGAACAGAUCAGAACACCUGCUGCUCCAAACAACUGCAUAGAGCCCGUCUCUCCACCAGAUGGGGUGGGAGAAGCCGAUCACGUGCGAAAUGCCACAUAUCCCAUCCUGUAUCGAGAAGGGGAACAGCUGGAGCAGAGGAUGGGCUCCAAAUCUCCAGGAAACAACGUGCAACCACCAGCCUUCUUCAGCAAACUGACAGAGAGCAAUUCUGCUAUGGUGAAGUCCAAGAAGCAAGAGAUAAUCAAGAAACUGAGCACAAACAGCAGGAGCGAGGCAGAGUACAAUGUCGGGCAACCUGGAACAGAGAUCUUCAACAUGCCGGCCAUUACUGGAACAGGGUUAAUCAGUUGUAGGAGCCAGUCGGUCCAAGAAAACUCCAGUACCAACAUGGGGUUGGAGGCAAUUAUUAGGAAGGCCCUAAUGGGUAAAUAUGACGAGCAGUGGGACGAGCGCUCUCCUCUCAGUGCCAAUGCUUUUAACCCUCUGAAUGCCAGUGCAAGCUUGCCCGCUGCUAUGCCUGUAACCACUGCUGACGGACGGAUGGACGACAUGCCCUCCUCCUUGCCAGGAGGAGGGAAGCCAAAGAUUGCUGCCAGAGCCAACAGCCGCAAGGCCAAGUCGCCAGGACCAGGCCUGUCCUCCUCUGAGAGGCCACCAUCUGUGUCAUCUGUUCAUUCAGAGGGAGACUGUAACAGAAGGACACCUCUCACCAACCGCGUCUGGGAGGACAGGCCGUCAUCCGCAGGUUCAACGCCAUUUCCAUACAACCCACUGACAAUGAGGCUUCCCACGGGCCUGGUGGCAGCUGCCCCUCCACCGCCUGCCUCCGUUCCGCAGGGCAACCCCAACAGCCAACACCACGGCUGGGAGGAGGAGCCCAAGCCGCUGCUCGUCUCACAGUAUGAGACCCUCUCAGACAGUGAAUGAGAAGGGAGAAGAGGAAGCGAGAUGGAGAAAAAGCCCAGCAACAAAUGGACAGAUAUUGAUAGGUUGGCUGUUGAGUUAGCCCAAGGGCUUGGGGAUUGUGGUUGGCUGUCGCAGAGUGCAGCUGUCCUAGCCCAGGCGCAGGAGCAGCACUGUUCCAGUCAGCUGAUAUCAUUUGUCACAUCUGGAAGGGGAGUUGGGAAAAAAAUCUCUUCAGUUUUAAAGCCUUAAAAAAAAACCAAGCAAAUGGAACCCAUCCCAAUCCUCUCUCCCAAUUUGGUGCUGAUACCUUGAGCCAUUGCAGCAAGAAAUUAAACCAAGCUAAUAGGGGGGGGCAGCAGUGGGGAGCCCUGAAAGCUGCCCCAAGGGACUGUAACCAGUCGCUGAAUCUCGGUUCCUAACACUCAGGGGAUUCUAAUUCUGUCCUUCAGCCCAGAUGAGAGAGGGGGAACGGGGGGCCCAUUGGGAGAAGGUGGUGUGUGCUGCUUGCGUAUUCCCACCUCUGUGACCCAUCUUUCCUCUGCACACUGUAGUGGCCUGUUAAUCCAGUACUUGAAAAUAGGAUUCAUUCAGCUGCCCCUUCCUUCAACCUGCCUCUUUUUUUUACCUUCACGAGGGGUUUCACCCAUGGAGUCGCAUGUUGGUCGUGUGGGGAGACAAAUCAGAGCGGCCCUCUGGAAGAAAGUGUUGGUUUCUUCUCUUUCUCACAGUUAAAUAAGGUUGUUUUAUCUGCACCCAUAGAGAUGUAUGGAGGGGAGGGAGCUUCACCUGACCUUUCAACAAAAAGAGAUUCAGGCAGUAAUGCUCUGGAUGCAGGAGCCAGAGGACAAGCCAAAAAGGGAAAAGAAAAGGAAUUUGGAGAAAGGAAUGCUGGGUUUGCAUUGUAAUUGGAACGGAUUCCUCUAUAUUGGCAUUAGCUGCAGAUAGAGGGGGGUGGGAAUGGGAGAAGCAGCUGUUUUGAAUAUGUCGUUUCUUCAAAACAAUGCUGUGCAUAUGGUCUACAGGGUAUAUUUUUGAUACCUUUGGCAAAUGAUGUGUUUGCGCAAGGAAGGACGUUAAAAACAGUGUUAUAUGCUGCUUUUCGGUCUCUGCUCCUGUACAAAGAGGAUUUCUAUGUUGCAUGCCAGCUUUUGAUGGGUUUGUCCAUUGUAUGGAACUGUCAAGAGGUAACAAUGUUCCAACAAAAUGGUUCUGUAAUUCAGUAGAAUGUAUUAACUUAGUUUUUUUUUAAAAAAAGAAAAAGAAAAUGAAGAAGUAUAUAUAUAAUAUAUAUAUAUAAAUAUAUAGUCACAACUGUAGGGCCCUUACUUGCAUAGUUAACACUCCAGCAUGGAGAUAACAUGAACACUUUUCAAGUGAGAUUUGUCUCUUUUGGGAGCAGUGAGAGAGGCCAAGACCCUCACAGGAAGUUUACAUGUUUUUGGUGACUCGCCCACAGUGUUCUGUUUUUCCAUAUUUGUGGGUGUUUGCUUCUCCCCCAAUCAUAACACUUAGACUUCAUUUUUCAUCAUAUAUAUUCUCCUUUUUUCACACAUCAUUUUCAGUCUGUACCCUAGAGGGAGCAGAUCUGGGCAUAGCUGCCAAGUUAUCCCUUUUUUAAAGGGAAAUUCCUUAUGCUUAAUAGGCUUCCUUGCGAGAAAAGGGAAAACUUGGCAGCUAUGGAUCUGGGGAACAGUUUCUCUGCAGGAACAGACAAGAGUCAUGUUUUCAUAAGCUGAGUAUUUUGACACAGCAUCCAGGGAACAGCAACAUCACAGCACCAGAGGUUUUGUACUGUGUGAGUUUGUUUCUACAGUGAGAUUUGCUAUUUUGUUUUCCUUCUCACCCAUCUUUCUCCCACACAUCAUCCAGUUCUGAUGAUAAAAUUGUUGCUUGCUAAACUAGUUAAAGACACACAAAAAUGUGGAGGUUCUGUGCAAGAACAUCUACUGAGAGAAUCCAUCUCAUUAUCCUGUAAGCCUCUGCUCCUAAAACACUUGUCCCCAGCAGAGCUACAGUUCUUUCAGAAUGACACUGAGCUGCCUCCAUUUUCAUGCCCUGCAGGGCUUUGCUGGUUGCUAAAGGAUUGCAAAACCAAAAAUCCCCAGCACAGGUGUUUGGUACAGAUCUACCACCAUGCAAACUGCUCUGAAGAAAAGGGCCAGGACAUUGACCAGGUUAAAAGGCAGGGCAGAGGAGGAAUUAUAGAGCAAUGCAUGGCAUACCUUUCCAAGUGCUGCUUCUUCUUAGCUCAGCUCAAGUUGCAUAUGGAUUGCAGGAGAUUAAAACAGCACAACCACCCUUUCAAAAGACUGCUUUGUGAACAUGUACCCAAAUUAGACUCUGAAAUCCCGGGUCAGGAGAACCCAACUUAGGCCCACCACAAGAAAGCGAGUAGAAGCUGCCUUGGGCUUCUAUCAGGGCCCUUCCCUUAAUGCCCAACCCUUCCUUCUAGAGGCCCACCUGAGGAUACUUUUCUCACUGGACAGGAAAUAGUGCUGUGCAUUCCCACACACAGAGACACUAUUCUGUAUAUUGUACUUACUCUGUCUGCAUAGACAGUGAAACAAUUUGCUCAUCAGCUUAUGGGAAAUGUCAUAACCCAGAACCGAGCCACAGUUGUGUUAGUGACAAAACAACCACCAAACCAGUACUUUGUGCCUGCAUGCUGUUUUGUGUCACUUCAUCCAACUUGCAUUGUUUUAUCAUUGUUUUAUACACCACCUUUGUGUGUUCUUAGCAGAAAAGUGGUUAAUGAGUUUUAUACUGAAAUAUACUUAGCCGCAUGUGCCUAAGACCAUUCUUGCAAGAAUGCCAGCGAUACGUGCUUCUUCAGUCCUAGCAAGAGGCAAGACCUGAAGUUUUGCCACUUUGGGGUUCGUCAAUGAAUGCCGCUUAAAAUGCUGGCUCUGCCACAAGAGCUACAGUUCACAGCAGUGAAACCUUUAAACCUUUCCCAGUGACAGAAGGCCCACUCCCUCCACUCUGACAAGGAAAGGGGUGCCCCCUACUAGCAUGACUGGAUGCUGAUUGUGCAGCGUGGGGCCAAAUAGCUUGCGGAGAGGUGAGACUUAGCUGGGAUUACACCGUGUCAGCAGUAGCCUGUUGACACAGAUAGAGUUUCUGCCAGUGACUGUUCUGCAGUGUUGACUGUCAAUCUUAACACGAAAGCAUCUCUCCUGCCAUCAGUUCAUUUAGGCCAAGUCAGUAACUCUUACACAAUCAUCCUAAUUUGCAAUCAAAUAAUAACUGGAAAAUAGAGCAUGUUUUGCUCAACAAACCCAGUGAUAGACGAAGCAGCAUUUAUUGUGUUUAUUGGACACUGGCAAUAUAAGUUUACCUGCACAGCUUCCCUCUCCUUCGUCCCUGUCACUUCCAGCCACUGAUUUUAUUAUCUUGGGGGUGGCCUCAUACAUAAAGUUGUUACCUAUGCAAAGAUAAUCCCUGUGGAGUCCUUGUGCAGGGAGAAUGUUUAUUUUACCACAAGCACAUAAAUCAGAAAGCCAGUCUGCUUGGCUUGUGCUUGUGUUGCUUCUUACAUCAUGGUAUACAUUCUUCUCCCUACACUCAGAUUAUCUCCAUGUAGGAAAAAUAUUGUGCAGGGUAGGUCUAAGGUUCUUUGUGCUUUAACCAAUAUUUACCCUGUUUUUUUAAAAAUAUACAUAUUUAUAUCACUGGUCCAAAUUCCCUUGGUUGUUUUUUUAAAAGUGACAUACACAGACUUGCUGCCCACAAAAUUUUUGUCUUACUCAUCACAGAACCAUUUGCACAGAUCAGAUAGGAUUUGCUCAUAGCUAACGAGGUUAUUUUAUUGUUGUUGUUAGACCAUGUUGAAUUUGUGCCGCUUCACGUAGCCUUUCCUUGACCGACACGUUCACCAUUUUGGAACAUCAUCUCUUGCCACUGCUUGCAAGUUGAGGUCAUGUGUACAUUCCACUAAGGGAUUUAGGAAUAGCCCCUCCUCCCUUCCAAAAGUUUAUUCCCACAUUACCAGACAUUGUACAUUCUCUGUACAUGUGUGUGUGUAUAUAUUUAUAUAUAUAUAUAUACUCUUGGGUUCUGUGUAUACAUAUUAUUCCAUUUGCGUGUGCAUGUAUAAGAAAUACAUACACACACAUUUUCUUUGUGCCUGAAUCAGUGGCCUGGCACAUAUCCAUGUGUGUACUUGCACGCACAAGCCAGAUCUCGGUAAAACCUAACUCACUACAAUUCAACCAAAUGCAGACGAGCAUCGUCCCCACUGACUGUUAGCUCUGCGUAAGGUGAGCACCGAGCACUGUGUGUUAGCUUCAAAGGAAAGCCAUCCUUCAUAAACAACUGUCUGCAUAAUAUGUGUCGGUUUUAGUGACAUAUAGAUCUCUGUUGUGCUACCUGGCUAUGAUUUUUUUUAUUAAUUGUGCAAUCAAGAAAACAAGGAAGUUAUGUUAAACUAUUAAAGUUUGAAGUGUUACCAACUUUGUAAUUUGUACAAACACAUAAAAACAAAAAACAAAAAGAGAUUAAAAGGACAAUUUUAUUGUUUGAAAUGUACAAGGGGGAGGGUGGGAAAAGAAAUCUAUCUUUUGUACAACCAAAUUGUGCAUAGUUGUUUUAAAGCAAGUUGUAUGAUAGAAUGGACUGUAUAUAGAAACUGCUAAGUUGUAAAUAUUUAUGCAGCUUGCUCGAAAAGGUUGGGUUUUUUUUUCUUCUACUGAAAGUGAAGUUUUUGUUCACUGUUGUUAUUUUGGUUUUUUGCUCUACAUGCCCACUAAGCAAGCACUGUGGGUUUGCAGUGUCAGAGCACUGCCUUACUGUUUAAAUAAAAAAGAGAGAGGGGAGAAGCUUAUUGCCAGCAAAA